UACCCAAGGGAUUUUUGGCCUUUUUUCUCCUCUCCCAUUAAGAAAACGGAAGGUGAUAGUUGCCACAAUAUUUUUUGUACCUGUGUUUUCAGACUAAAAUGAGCACAACUAUUCUUCAAUAAGUCUUUACAAUGAAAAUAAAGUAUUUUAAUGAACCUUUUUUUUUUUUGGAGGUGAAGUUGAAAUUUCUCAAGCAUGCAUAUUUGAAAUACCUGUGUAAUAGUUAUUUUAGGAAUAGGUUUACGGGUGAGUAAUGAUGGUUCAUUUAACACACCAUUGACCAGUAACUUGGUUAACGACCUGGAGAAUACAGGUUCUUAAAUGAGAUUCUUGCAAUACCUAGCAUUAUUUUGACCAUUCACUAAUUUAAAUAGUUGGCUAAAUUGCAGUAUUUUGUUUCUGAGUUUGGAAGUCAUUGGAUGAAACAUUUAAAUGCUGUCAUUGGAAGUAUUUGAAGUUUUGAGGACUGCAGUCAUUGCAUGUGGGUGAACUAGGCUGUGAAUACCUGAUUUGUGAUAUAUUGCAUGAACUAAGUUUUAAAUGAAAUGUCUAAUGAUAGUAACCAGAUUAUUUUCUAAAUCGUGCCAUCUCUAUGAUGUUGGUACUAUUUCCAUUUUCAAGGAAAGUAAACAGGUACCGAACUUAAUUUCCUAAAGGUCAUUUGUUGUGAAGCUGGAUUUUGAGUUUGUGUAGUCUGUUCCUAAUUAAAACCUGUGUGAAACCACAGUACAAGAGAUUGAGAUUAGGAAUUGUUUUUGAAGCUGUCCCAAGAAAAUCCACUCUUUCCAUGGUUCCUCCUGUGCUAUGCACAAAGGUUGAGGGGCAGUUUUGCAGCAUGUAAUAACAGCCCUGUGGUUGGUUUAUGCUGUAUGGUGAAUGGCACUUACCCUGUGUUGAGCUACAAGACCGAUGUCAGAUGGGUUGUGCUAAAGUGUGAGCAUUAAAUUUGUUUCUAUCGUAAGCAUGAGGUUCACAGAGACAGAUUCUAUAUUUUAAAAGAAGCUAGUGUAGUUGGGGGUAUGUGGGAAAUAAGCAUCAGACGCCUUGGGAUAAAGGAAAUAGGCUGUGUGAAUCGGGCCUUGCCAAUCAGAUGGUCAUUGGUGGGCCAUGAAGAAUAAUGUCAGGUGAUUACAGUUUGAGGUCUACCUCAGAUUAAACCAAAUCAUGUGGGAGGGAUGGGAUUAACUGCUGGGCCAUUUUCAGGUGCGCAUGGGGGAAAUGUGUUGGUAUGGAAAGCUGGGGUCCCGUGCGCCUGCGCUCAGUGGCUCUGCGCCUGCGCUUUGUGGCGCCGUGGUUCUGCGCAUCCUCCCGCCUUUUCCCCCGUCGCUUCUGUCCUUGGGCUCCGUGAGGGGGCGCCGAGAAACAUACUUGGGCCUGAGGUUUGUGAAGAUGCUGAGGCCUGAGGUUUCCUCAACCUCUACGGCCCCUGCGGCUUCCGUCUCGUCGAUAGAGGCUCGGUCACAAGGCCCCCGCUACAAUUUUGGACUCCAGGAGACUCCUCAGAGCCGCCCUUCAGCCAAGGCCUCUGCCUCCACCCCGCUGGGCACGUCAGGAGCCGCAGGCGACCGCAGCAGCAGCAGCAGUCUCCCUUGCCAUGCGCCCAGCGCCUGGCCAGCUCAAGGUUCAUACUUUGGGAACAAAAGAUCUUAUGCAGGAAACACAUUUGCAUCAAAUUUGACUUUUGGUACAAGCUCAUCUUCUGCACGAGAUAGUAAUCCUCAAACACUAAAAACUCCAUUGUCUGCUGGAAAUCCUCAGAGAUUAGGUUGUAAAAGUUGGACACCACAAAUGGGAUAUUCAGCUACAUCCUCAUCUGCAGUUUCUAUACACUCCCCAUCAGCUAUUGUAGCUGUUGUAGAAGGGAGAGGACUUGCCAGAGGGGAAAUAGGAAUGGCAAGUAUUGAUUUAAAAAGCCCACAAAUUAUAUUAUCUCAGUUUGCAGACAACACAACAUAUGCAAAGGUGAUCACAAAACUCAAAAUUUUAUCACCUUUGGAAAUAAUAAUGUCAAAUACUGCUUGUGUUGUGGGGAAUUCAACCAAGUUGUUUACUCUGAUCACAGAAAAUUUCAAGUCCGUUAAUUUCACUACUGUCCAAAGGAAAUACUUCAAUGAAACAAAAGGACUAGAGUACAUUGAACAAUUAUGCAUAGCAGAAUUCAGCACUGUCCUAAUGGAGGUUCAGUCCAAGUAUUACUGCCUUGCAGCUGUUGCAGCUUUAUUAAAAUAUGUUGAAUUUAUUCAAAAUUCAGUUUAUGCACCAAAAUCGCUGAAGAUUUGUUUCCAGGGUAGUGAACAGACAGCCAUGAUAGAUUCAUCAUCAGCCCAAAACCUUGAAUUACUAAUUAAUAAUCAAGACUGUAGGAAUAAUCACACUCUCUUUGGUGUUCUAAAUUAUACUAAGACACCUGGAGGGAGCAGAAGACUUCGUUCUAAUAUAUUAGAGCCUCUAGUUGAUAUUGAAACCAUUAACAUGAGAUUAGAUUGUGUUCAAGAACUACUUCAAGAUGAGGAACUCUUUUUCGGACUUCAGUCGGUUAUAUCAAGAUUUCUUGAUACAGAGCAGCUUCUUUCUGUUUUAGUCCAAAUUCCAAAGCAAGACACGGUUAAUGCAGCUGAAUCAAAGAUAACAAAUUUAAUAUACCUAAAACAUACCUUGGAACUUGUGGAUCCUUUAAAGAUUGCUCUGAAGAACUGUAACACACCUUUGUUAAGAGCUUACUAUGGUUGCUUGGAAGAUAAGAGGUUUGGAAUCAUACUUGAAAAGAUUAAAACAGUAAUUAAUGAUGAUGCAAGAUAUAUGAAAGGAUGCCUGAACAUGAGGACUCAGAAGUGUUAUGCAGUGAGGUGUAACAUAAAUGAAUUUCUUGACAUAGCUAGAAGGACAUAUACAGAGAUUGUAGAUGACAUAGCAGGAAUGAUAUCACAGCUUGCAGAAAAAUACAGUCUUCCUUUAAGGACAAGUUUUAGCUCUGCUCGAGGAUUUUUCAUCCAGAUGACUAUAGAUUGUACAGCCCUCCCCAAUGAUCAGCUUCCUUCAGAGUUUAUUAAGAUUUCUAAAGUGAAAAAUUCUUAUAGCUUUACAUCAACAGAUUUAAUUAAAAUGAAUGAAAGAUGCCAAGAGUCUUUGAGAGAAAUCUAUCACAUGACCUACAUGAUAGUGUGCAAACUGCUUAGUGAAAUUUAUGAACAUAUUCAUUGUUUAUAUAAACUGUCUGACACGGUGUCAAUGCUGGAUAUGCUACUGUCGUUCGCUCAUGCCUGCACUCUUUCUGACUAUGUUCGGCCAGAGUUUACUGAUACUUUAGCAAUCAAACAGGGAUGGCAUCCCAUUCUUGAAAAAAUAUCUGUGGAAAAACCUGUUGCCAACAAUACCUAUAUCACAGAAGGGAGUAAUUUUUUGAUCAUAACUGGACCUAAUAUGAGUGGGAAAUCCACAUAUUUAAAACAGAUUGCACUUUGUCAGAUUAUGGCCCAGAUUGGAUCAUAUGUUCCAGCAGAAUAUUCUUCAUUUAGAAUUGCUGAACAGAUUUUUACAAGAAUCAGCACUGAUGAUGAUAUUGAAACAAAUUCAUCAACAUUUAUGAAAGAAAUGAAAGAGAUAGCAUAUAUUCUUCAUAAUGCUAAUGACAAGUCACUUAUAUUAAUUGAUGAACUUGGCAGAGGUACUAAUACAGAAGAAGGCAUUGGCAUUUGUUAUGCUGUUUGUGAAUAUCUGCUGAGCUUAAAGGCAUUUACAUUGUUUGCCACACAUUUUCUGGAACUCUGUCGUAUAGAUGUCCUGUAUCCUAAUGUAGAAAACAUGCAUUUUGAAGUUCAACAUGUAAAGAACACCUCAAGAAAUAAAGAAGCAAUCUUGUAUACCUACAAACUUUCUAAGGGACUCACAGAAGAAAAAAAUUAUGGAUUAAAAGCUGCAGAGGUGUCAUCACUCCCACUAUCAAUUGUCUUGGAUGCCAGGGAAAUCACAACUCAAAUUACAGAACAAAUUUUGCAAAACCAAAGGAGUAACCCUGAGAUGGAAAGACAGAGAGCUGUGUACCAUCUAGCUACUAGGCUUGUUCAAACUGCUCGAAACUCUCGGUUGGAUCCAGAUAGUUUACGAACAUAUUUAAGUAAUCUCAAAAAGAAGUAUGAAGCAGAUCUUUCCAAGGCUGAACAAGUUUCAGGAAAGACUGAAGAAUAAUAACAAUUCACAUCUUAUACUAAUGAAGUAAUAUAUCUUUUUUUUUUUUAAAUAAUGUAUCUUAGGAACCUAGAAUUCAUUUCUCCCAAGAGCAAAAGAGAAUACUAUUUGAUAAAUUUUAUAUUUUAGUUGACAAUUGCAUUAUGUUAACCUCAGAAUUAUCAUCUAUAUAGUCUAUAUAAGAAAAUAUUUGUUAUUAUAACUUAAUGAAAACUAUUUAAAGGACUGAUUUUUAAAAAUAAGUCAGUAUAAUAUGACACUUUUUUUCAUUUAUGAAAAUUUAUGUUAUUAAGUCUUAAAUUUAUUUAUACCUACAAGUUAUGGUUUAAAAUGAUAUUGUCAAUAGCUUAGUUAAGAAAAAAGCAACUUUCUUUUUAGGUCUG